CCCCCCCCCCAACUCUUCGUCUCCGGUCUCCCAACCCCAACGCAAGAAGAACAAGUAAUCAGCAGCGGCGGCGGCGGCGAUGGUUUGCGCCAAGUGCGAGAAGAAGCUUGGGAAGGUUAUCGUGCCGGACAAGUGGAAGGAGGGCGCCAGCAAUACCAACGAGAGCGGUGGCCGCAAGAUCAAUGAGAAUAAGCUCCUCUCCAAGAAGAAUAGGUGGACUCCAUAUGGAAACACCAAAUGUGUAAUAUGCAAACAGCAGGUACACCAGGAUGCCAAAUAUUGCCACACCUGCGCUUAUUCAAAAGGGGUUUGUGCAAUGUGUGGGAAGCAAGUGCUGGACACGAAGCUGUACAAGCAAAGCAACGUGUGAUGCCAGCUCCUGGACCACCGAGGAUAGUCUUGUACUAAUAACUUGUCAGAUCUUGUGCUCGCAAUCAAGGCGUGGAAAAAUAGUUGUGUAAUAUGUACCUGGCUAACAAUUCCGGAACAUGAAAUAUCUCCAAAUUUCAGCU